UUCAUCAUCUUCUUCUUCAUCAUCAUCUCUUCCACAUUUUUUUUCUCUUAAAGAAAAAAAGGUUAUUUUUUCCCCUUAAUUGUUGAUGUUAGUUGAGUUCUAGAUCAUCUAAUUUCAUUUCUGGGUGUACCUAGAAACUCAAUUUUCCAUGGGGUUUUCUUGACCUUUUUAUUGAAUGCUUCAAACAGAAAAAAACAUGGAGGUUGCUAGAAUUAGACAAUUGUUGCUCCUUUGGAGUAGAAUCAAAUCUACCCGUGUUGCUCUUGUGGGUGGCAAUCACACCGCCGCUAGGUUUUGUACUCGCUAAAUUCACCUUUUUUUCCGUCGCUGGAUUCCCCCCCCCCCCUCUCUCUCUCUGUUCUUGUAGCACAAGGUACGAUCAGUUUUUACAGACUCUUCCGAUCGGUUUGUUGUAAAAGCAUGGAUUUUGGUCUUGGGUAUUGCCCCAAAAGAGGGGAAAUCAAGGGGAAUCAUUUUCCCGAGUUGAAAAUUGGGUUGAAUCAAGACGCCGUUUUGAUUAUUAAGCUACCAGAUUCGAGGGCUUUAAGGAUUAUGUCACGGUCUUUGUUCUUUGCAAUGGUUCUUUUCAUAUUGCCGUCAAUUGGGUCCAUACUAAGAGGUUCAUUCGAUGUAAUUGACGAUUCUUAUGUGAAUUCUGAUGGGAGGGACUUCAAUGUGUUGCAUAAUCUUUUUCGCGAUUUGGCAGAUGAAGGCCUUGUUAAGAAGGGGCAUAAAGGACUUGUUUUGAGUUCUGAGAAUGAUCAUUUGGUCAAAGAUUUGGAAUUGUUGAAUGACAAUGUGGUUGAUUUGGUGCUUGAUUCGGAUAUGGAUUACAAGAAUUCAAUUCCAAAUGAGACAUUCGAUUUUGCAAUUGCUCAGACUGCAUGGAACUGUAAGUUCAUUGAUCGUGUGCUCAAGAUUGGUGGCAUUGUUAUAACUCAACUCACCAAUGAUCCUUUAGCUGAGCUUAAAGCUCUAGCAAACUACAGAAUCGUGUAUAUUCGACGAUUUGACAAGACUUUGGUAGGAGUCAGGAAAACUGGGGUACGAAAUACUGAGCUGCAUUCACAGAAAAAGGACAUUGUUUGUGGAAGCACACCUGAGGCUAAGAAAGUUGCAUUGAAAGGAUUAGAGGAUGUGUUGCUCGAACCGCCAAAAAGGGCAUUGCUGAAAUCAUUUUCAAGGAAGAUGAAGUUUCUUCCUGAGUUGUUAGGUGAUUCUCUUGAGAAUUACCCUCGAAGAGUCUUCAUUUCUGAUGAGAAAAAUGGGGUAACAGAAUGGUUUAAGAGGAGCUACCCUGCAAAUAAUCAAGAUUUCGAGAUUUACAACUUGGAUGUCGAAAUCCAAGAGUCAGAGCAAUCAGGGGAUGGAGUAGCCUUAGUUGGGGCAGCAGAAUGGUUGAGCAAAAAUGUGAAGGAAGAGGACUAUGUUGUGAUGAAGGCAGAAGCAGAAGUGGUGGAGGAAAUGAUCAAGAAGAAAGCAAUAUGUUUGGUAGAUGAGUUGUUCUUGCACUGCAGAAACCAAUUGGAAGAAGUUGAUAAUGAUGAUGAUGAAGAGGAAAAUGGAAGCCAAAAGAGGGCUUAUUGGCAAUGUUUGACAUUGUAUGGGAAGUUAAUAGAUGAAGGAGUUGCAGUGCACCAAUGGUGGAGUUGAAUCUAAGACACUUGAUUUAGCUUUGUCUCUUGUUAUUGUUGUUCAUUUCGUGUAUCAUGUGGUCAGUGUUCAUCAGUGGCUUUGGCUUUCCUGUUUGAGCCAUUUGUUGUUUAAUUGUACUUUGUUUCUGUUGGCAUGAAGACUGUUGUGUGAUUUAUUUAAUGUUUUUCAUCUUCUAUCCUUUUAUUUAAAAGUUGGGAUCUUU